AUGGUGGAGGCAAAACCAGCAAGCAGUACAACGGCGAGCCCGAUCCGCCCGUCGUCAUCAUUCCGGCUCCACUCACCCAGACUCAAUUGUAUCCGCCUGUGUCAUAUCUUCGACAUAUUCAACAAGAAUGGAGACGACAUGAUCUUAGUGGAAGAGCUAACCCUAGCCCUGGAACUGCUUGGCUUGGAAGCCAAACCCACCGAGAUUGAUUCCAUGGUGCGCUCCUAUAUAAGGCCUGGAAACAUUGGCCUCAGCUUCGAAGACUUCGAAGCCUUGCACCAGUUGCUCGACGAUACCUUCUUUGGGAACAACGACGAGGAUAGCCCUGUUUCGUCGUCGUCGUCGUCGUUGUCGCAGGAAGAGUUGGAUUUGACGGAGGCCUUCAAGGUGUUUGACGAGGACGGUGGUGGCUUCAUCUCGGCCAUGGAGUUGCAAGUGGUCCUGAGGAAGCUAGGGAUGCCCGAAGGGGGAGACAUUGGUCGAGUUGAACGGAUGAUCUUCUCCAUUGACCGUAAUCAGGACGGCCGCGUUGAUUUCUAUGAAUUCAAGGACAUGAUGCACAGUGUCAUGGUUCGAUCUUGA